CCACUUCAUUCCUAUAUAAAUCCUCCAUCGCUACCCUUUCUUCUCCCCACAUUUUAAAAAGAAUCCUAUCCUUUUCCUCUUGUUUUUUCCCCUUUUUGUAUUUCUUUCAGAUAUGGGUUUACAGCGAUCAACUAUGGCGGUGUUCUCGCUGAUAAUGUUUGCUUUAUCAUCAGCGCUUGACAUGUCCAUCAUAUCCUACGAUGAAGGACAUCCCGACAAGUUCAAAUCCAGUUGGAGAACAGACGACGAUGUUAUGGCCAUGUACGAGGAAUGGCUUGUAAAGCAUGGAAAAGCGUACAACGGUUUGGGGGAGAAAGAGAGGAGGUUUGGGAUUUUCAAAGAUAAUCUUAGAUUCAUCGAUGAACAUAACGCCGAUGAUACCCACAGUUUUAAGGUUGGGUUGAACCGGUUCGCUGAUCUGACCAACGAGGAGUACCGAGCCAUGUAUUUGGGAACUAAGAAACCCAUCAGGAAAGUUUCCAAGAAGAGUGAUCGUUACGCGCCACGCGUGGGUGAGGAAUUGCCGGAAUCCGUUGAUUGGAGGGAGAAGGGCGCAGUCGUUGUCGUCAAAGAUCAGGGAAGCUGCGGGAGUUGCUGGGCCUUCUCAGCUAUUGGAGCGGUGGAAGGGAUAAACCAAAUUGUCACUGGUGAUCUCAUCUCUCUCUCUGAGCAGGAGUUGGUGGAUUGUGAUACAUCCUACAAUGAAGGAUGUAAUGGAGGGCUCAUGGAUUAUGCCUUUGAGUUCGUUAUCAAUAAUGGUGGCAUCGACACUGAAGAAGAUUACCCUUACACAGGCGGUGAUGGAAGAUGUGACUCCUACCGGAUGAAAAAUGCCAAGGCUGUUACAAUUGAUUCCUAUGAAGAUGUUCCAGAAAAUGAUGAGAACGCAUUGAAAAAGGCAGUUGCACAUCAACCAGUUAGUGUUGCCAUUGAAGCUGGAGGCAGGUCAUUCCAGUUGUAUACAUCAGGUGUGUUUAAUGGAAUAUGCGGGACACAACUGGACCAUGGUGUGGUUGCCGUCGGAUAUGGCACGGAGAAUGGUAAAGAUUACUGGAUUGUUAGGAACUCAUGGGGUGAUCAAUGGGGUGAAUCAGGUUAUAUCAGGAUGGAAAGAAACCUGGGCAAUUUAGCAACAGGCAAAUGUGGAAUUGCAAUGGAAGCCUCAUAUCCUAUUAAAAAGGGUGUAAAUCCCCCCAAUCCUGGCCCCUCCCCUCCAUCCCCAAUAAAGCCUCCUACUGUUUGUGAUGAUUAUUACAGCUGUCCCGAGAGCAGUUCUUGCUGCUGUUCCUUCGAGUUCUAUGGCUACUGCUUUGCUUGGGGCUGCUGCCCGCUUGAGGCUGCGACUUGCUGCAAUGACCACAACAGCUGCUGUCCGCACGACUACCCUAUCUGCAACUUGAUUGAAGGCACCUGCUUGAUGAGCAAGGGAAAUCCAAUGGCAGUGAAAGCACUGAGGCGCACUCCUGCUAUACCUUUCUGGUCACAUGGAAACAUGGCAAAAAAGAACAGUGAUUAAGUAGAAGCCUGAGAUUUCAUGCAGUGGAUGAUCGAACUGGGAGGAUGAAAGAAACUUGACAGCGCUUAAAUGUUCUCCUUGGUUUUAUCUUGCUGCAGUGAAUUCCAGCAGAUGAAUGGUUCAUAAAAGUCGCGCAGAUGCCUAUUAUGUACAUAACUUCCUAAUUUAUCCAUUGCUGCAUUUGAUAAACAGCCAGAACAUUCAAUUUCUAUUAUCCUAUGUAUAUCAUGUCAUCAUUUAGCUAUAACUUUCCAGAAUUGAUCUGUCAAUCGUAUCCUUAUCUUAUGGUU